AUGUUGCUGCAACAGCAUCCGCGCUCUUCGCAAGAGGCGCUCCUCCGCCUUGAGAAGGGUACCGCCAAUCCCACCACCCAGCUACACGACGCGGCGAAAAUUUUAGGCUUGGAUUUGGCACUGUGCGAAAGUCACCCGGAAGUUCACCGCGAUGUUCGGAUUCAAACAAACGCCACCCCGAAGGAGGAAUGGGUCCUACGAUGGCUAUUGAAGAGACUACGAAGUGGGAAGAACUACAGAGUCGAUGCAUCAUCGUUCCUGCUAUUGCGACAACUUAUUGACUUGAUCUCGCCCAAGAACCUUGCCGCCAUUCUCAAGGACCAAAAGUUCUUGUCGAUCUUAUGCGAUACCUUUGCCGAUCUGGAAACCGAUAUUUUUGCCGGCAUUGGGAGUGGACUUGCAAGUUUCAGCUCAGACUCCGAGUCUAGUCACACCCUGACCGGCUCCCCGCCUCGUGAUGAUCGCCGAGGAAGUCAAGGGAAAAAGCGCAAGAGGAUGACGACCGAGACCGACGCAGAUCCUAUGGAACAGGACAAGGAGCGACAGAACCCCGCGGCAUGCUUCCUCGCAUUCAUCCGCGCCUUGGAUUGUCUGCAUGGAUUCAUGACUCUUUCGCAGCGUAUCCUCAGUACCAAUGGGGUUGCGAACUCACAUCUUAAGCUCGCUCUGAGGAGUGAACCCGAGGCCGUUGCCAUGCUGCUGGGCCGAUCCUUCCGGGUGGCUGCCGUGGCCGCUAAGCAGUUCUCAAACGCGGGACAAACAACCGAUCUGCAGCACUUGUUGUACGUCUUCCCCUCUGCGGUGGAACUGUGGGAGUUGAGGUCAUACCGCGAAGAUGACGCGGACAACAAAUCGAGCAACGAAUUUUUCGCGAGACACUGCUUUGCCCACGCGCUGAGACUGCAGCACUGCGUGCGAUCUGCCAAUCUUGAUACCGAUGAGCGUGCUCACCUUCUCCACUCAAUUGAGCGCAUUAUCGCACUCCAUGUUCUGCUCCCAGCUCGUGCGGCCUUUUUCGAGCGUGGAGGAUCUGGAAUCGAUUACUCUAAAGAUGAACCUGACUGGAGUUCAGUCAAACCAGUAACAGAUACUUUCAGACCGAUCAUCCGCGAGUUCGCUGUGGCGAAAGAAAGCAAAGCAUCCAAUGAAGGGUGUGUGCAACCUUGGCGAUCAGUUGAGCUUCUCCCCGAGCUCUUUGAUAACGCCGUGCGUGCCGUUCCAAGAGAUGUUUUCCGACGACAGACACAUGAAGCCCCGUGGCUGGAAACUUUGUUCGUCGCUGUUGCAGAGCUGUCAUUCUCCACUGCAAAGGAGGAAGACUUUGCGACUUUCUCAUCCAAGUUUAUUUUAGUGCUGGAGCAGCUCUUGCAGGUAGCGUUCGACCGAAACGUUGGCCUUUCUUUGCAUACUAUCAUGGCACAUGCGAACUACACUGGUCUGUUCGAGCCAGGCCUCGAGAAGGUUCAAUGGAACGUAACAGCUCUGUUCAUUAGUCUUGGUGUUGACGUUUUCCUGCCAAACUCCGGGUUGCGUGAUUCCCGCAAGCUCCUUGGCGCAUUGUUCGACAAAAUCGCAUUGCACUGGCGUGAAGCCGGUACCCGAAGCAACAAGGAAUACAAAGUGAUUAAGGAUAAGAUCGUGAUUCCUCUUUUGCGCGGUUUUGCUGCCGCAAGAGAUCUGUCUACUUUCAUGGAAGUGUGGCACAACCAGCUCAUCGCCAUUGAGGAAGCUCGCCAGGAUAACAGUAAUCUGGCACUUUUCUCGGUCUGGGAGGACGAUGAUCUUUCGGAUGUGUACGCGGAGUUGAUGCGGACUUCUCUCACUGAGCCACAGGUUGCCGCUCAAUUGGCCACCGCCGCUGAACAGACUAGAGACGAUACCGGCAAGGUUGCUGAUAACGCUCAAUCUUACGCAAAAUUGGUCAUUGUCGAAGCAAGUUUCCGUGGCCGUGUCCCGCCAUUUGCGGAUUCCGAGAAGACCUUGUCUCAUCUCCUCGAGACUUUGAGCUCUACACUUUCUUCCAAGCAGGCCUUGCACUGGCGAUGGCGAUUGUGGCGCUUGCUUCGCAACAUGUUGGAGAAUACUCUGCAGUCAGCCGAUACCACACUAGCACACAAAAUCAUUGGAUUGGUUGAAGUCGCCGAAAAAACCAUCCAUCGCAACCACAAGGACUUGGGCAAGAAGCAGCUUGCUGCGUUGGAGUCUUGGGAAUCAUAUCGUUUCUCAAUCGUCGCCAUCAGAGCACACGCGAGUGAUGCGCACCUGGGUUCCUUCAUCAAGACAACCAAGGAUGUCACCAACCUGAUCACUUCCGUCUCCAUGAAAGAUGCUAAAAAGUCUAUGAAAGCGCCAUGGAAUGGUCGAACAGACACCGUUCUAUCAGAAACUGACCUUGGUCUGGCCUAUUUCCUGGCUCUCGUUAGAGUCCCAGAAGUUUGGUCGCUCAUUGGCUCUGAGGAUCGAUCACGACUUUUCCAGCACAUUUUGUCCUUGGCAGCUGCUCAGUAUCGCUCUUCUUCAUUGCCUUUGGAGGCUGUUGCGGAAGAAGCAAGAUUCCUUCAAGCUUGGGCCAGCGUCGUGUGCCACGAGUACAUGCUCAAUGCUCCUUUUAUUGUAUCCGAUCUCUCUCUGCUUCUCAACGAAAGCAUUGAGCAAGAUUCUUCCAACAGACGACUUCUUAUCGAAAGCUUGCAACGGGUUCCAGCUUCGUUGAUCACAAAGGGCUUGAGGACCAAUAUUCUGAACAAGUUGCAAAGUGUUUUGCUCCAGCAAGAUAGCUCACCCGAAGUCUUGGUUGGUAUCCUGACAAUGAUGGCCAAAUUGGCCGCUAUGCCCAAGUGCGAAGCUACACUUACCAGUGACUGGGAACCUAUCUGGACCGUUGCCCGUGCAGUGCCAUUGGAGGGUACUGAACACGACCUUUUGAUCAUGAAAUCAUUCCGAGGUCUGUGGCGUGCAAUUUCGGCCAAGCUUUUGGUUCUGUCCGAAAAUGAUCGGAAGAAGUUGUUUAAGAAACUCUUCAGCAGAGCGUCGAAACAAACUUCCAAGAUGAGACAGAUCGACCGUGACUCUAUGGCCUGCUUCCUGUUGCGAUUGACUUUGUCGGAGCUUUGGGUUCACCGCAAGCAACUGCAGAAUGCGUUCUCAGAAACAGAACUUAGCGAGUGUCGUCAGAAGGUCUUCGACUUGGUCUUGGCUGAUAUGAAGUAUGUCAAAGACCAGUGCAGGAAGGGCAAGUUGGAGGAGACAAUCACUCUUAUCAAGACGAUCGACGCUCUCGAAGAUUUCGAAGAUCUGGCCACCAACAACAUUGAAGUGGAAAAGUUCUUGUCCAAGAUCGAGAACUAUAUGGAGAUGUCUAUCGAUUCAGGUCCCACGCGUUUGAUCCGACGCCGACUUCUUGCCAACAAGGGGCCUGAGAAGAACAUUGCUCAGCCAGUCCUGCAGUGCGCUGAGUCUCUCAGCCUUCAAUCUCUCUAUGACGAGGACCAGCAGCUUUUCAUCCGCACUACCACGGAACGAUUCCGCUCGAUGCCCAUGGAAAGAAUUACUCAGGCGAUCUGCGAGGUUCGCGGCCUUGGCUUGCUUGGUCAAAAUGCGGGAUACAGGCUGCUUGUCAUCUACCUCGCUGUUGCCUCUCUGCCCACUGUGGAAGAUAAGGAGAGUGCCACCGCACGAGAGAUCUCCCUGCUCUGCACUGCCCUGGCCGAAGCCAUCUCGCAGAGUACCAGCAUCGACCAGUUCUGCCUCGCAUCCGAAUGUUUGGACCAACUCCUUCGUAGCCAAACUCGUUGCUUAUCCCAGUGCAACAUCGACGCCAUUCUGGCCGCCAUCGCAAGCGCGGCAUCCAAGAUCGGACCGCAGAUUUCUCCCGACUACGCCCCAACCAUCUACACGCGCCUGUGUCGCCUCAUGGGCGUUGUCCUCAGUCUCCAGCGUCUGAAGGUCGGCGGUCGUUUCCACCUCGUGGUGAACGCCAUGCAACGUCUCCUGGGCUGCCUCUUCGCCCGCUCCCGUAAGCGCGGCCGUUCCGCACGCUCGCAGACAACCCUUUCCCAGCCCUUCUGGCUUGCUCCUCUGGAAUCCUCCCACGCAACCUACUACACUCGUCUGCUCACCUCACUCUGCGAUCCCACUGUCUCAGCGGUCCUUCGUCCCCAAGCCGGUUCAUCUCGCGAUGCCCUGACCGAUCAGACUAAGAAAGCUAAGCGCAUCGCUGGUCAGUACCUCCAGUACGUUGUCAUGGAAUACGCACAGUCCUCGCUUCGCGGGUCAUUGUCGCCAGAUGUCAAGGCUGCCAUCAUGCCCGGUCUUUAUGCUGCUCUGGAUGUCAUGUCUCGGGAGUCUAUGCGUGCACUGAAUGCCGCGUUGGAUGUCUCUGGCCGUGCUGUUUUCAAGUCGCUCUAUGACGAUUACAUCAAGUUUGGCAAGUGGAAUAAGGCCUGA